AUGCAUUCCGCCUCAUCUCUGUUGGGCUCCCUGCUCGUGGUGUCUGCCAUCAUUAACACUUCCGUAGCUACAUUAAUUUCCUCUUCCGAUGACGCGAAUCCGCAGAUUAUAACACGUCAAUUGCGGGUAACUAACAAAAGUCGUUUAGACCAGGGUUGAGCAAAAGGCUGGUCCAAACUUUUCGAAGGCCUGGACUUUUAACCUACUUGCAACUUUCCGAUCGGACCCUUUGCAGACUUGGAUUAAAGUAUGUUCGGUUCGAGUUUCAGGCCAAUAUAAUGACUUACUCUGGAGAUAUGCCGAUCAGAGGCCAAAAAUGCCUCAAUUUUCACUAACCUUUUUUCGGCCUGGAAGGGCGGUCUGAAACUUGGACCAAAAAUACUCAAAUCAGGCCUGGGCAUGCGAUCUGGUUGGCGUUGACCGAGAAAUUGUAAAGCGAAAAACCGGGAGCGAGAAAAAAACGAUUUGCGCGCCAAAAGAGAGACAGACACGAAACUGUCUCGCGUCUGCGUCGCCAUCUUUUGGUGCACGCAAAUCGGUUCUCUCUCGCCCCCGGUUUUUUCCGGUUGAACCGCAAACUCGCCCAGGCCUGACUCAAAUUCAAGUCCAAAAUGCCUGCGAAGUUUGGGUAGGCUUAUGGGAUGUGGGUUAAAAGUCCAGGUCUCGACAGGCCUUCGAAAAGCCUGGGUUGGUCUUUUGCCCAGCUUUGGUUUAGACGCAAACAGAGCCGUUAGGCUUAUUAAUUUUCAGCACUUUCAGAGUUUUCCCUACUCUGUAUCAUUCUACCGAAUGCUAGGUCACGAUCGUCAACUUCGUCCAUACUACGGAGCUAAUGAUGAGGUUCACGCAGGUUACAGAGAAAAGGGUAAUAGUUCGUUUUUUAGGUAGCCGCUUUGAUAGAUUCUAUGAACAACGAAGAGUUGUUCCCGACACGACCGAGAAGAAGCGAUGGUUUGCGAGGUUCGUUUAAUUGGGCAAGGUUCGUAGCCAUAGAGUGAGCAUGUGAUUACAGAGAGCACAGAACACUGUGGGUGUUUGGAAUCUGAGUUGUUUCUAUAGAGAGCUUUUUUACUUGAUCUCAUAGAUUUCUGCAUUAACUGUUGCGUGGCUUAUGUUACUGUUUUAGCUGUUUGUCACUGAUCUCGCAUGAUUAAGGCUAUCUGCAUGCUUCUCUUUACAAAGAAAACAUACAUUUUACAGGAUACGCGUGCCGCUUCAAAUUCUGUAGAAUCUACGACGCGUGA